AUGACAUUUUCUACCACCGCAGGCGAUCUGCAAACCCAUGCCAGGCUCCCUGAGCCAGUUGCGGCUGCUCAAUGGCCACAUCUGGAGUGGGAAAACCCUGUCAAGGCCAUUGAGCAUGCCAGGACUCUCCAAAAAGACUUUACCAAGGUCCAUCAAUUCAUUAAAAUCAGCAGGGAAGCACUGGCAUUGAAUGACAAUCGGUCCGAAAAGAAGACUGCUGCGCAUAAGAGGAAACGUGAUAUUCCCAGACACCUCUUCGAUACGCUAUACAAGUCAUACAAUGAAUUGAAGGAGAAGCUGGAGGACGAUCAUGAGAGAGGUCCCAGACCCAGUAAAAGAGCGCGCCGAGCAGAGCCCACCUCGAAUCAGGAGUCGAUCCUAUCUGACUCAACAGCUUCCGAGCACCAUUCAGAUUCAUCUCCUCAGCCUGCGUUGAUUGAUAAUGGAAUUCUGGCAGGGCCGGCUGACGAAGGAGUACGAGAUGCUCAUGAUCCAUCGACCCAACAAAAUGGAGUGGGCAAGAUGCCAGAGAUUCCUGUCAAAGAUACUCGAAACGUUACGCCUAGAUCACCAUCAGCGUGUGACGGGACCGUCGUCGGCGAAAGCAUUUCAAAAGAUGGGGAAACGCUGCUUCCAAGCUUCACUCGACCUCAACAUAACCUUUGCUCUCGAGACUGCUCUUCGUCCAAUGCCUCCAAUCAAGCGCAAGACAGUGACGCACAGCCAGAGCUACACACUGUUCAACAACAAACGAAGGAAAAAUUCAGCGAGAAUAACAAUGUUCAGCCACCUGGCGCGAUAUCUACGCAGACUACGACAUCUUGCAAGAUUCCAGACCACAGUGACAGUACAAAAGCCAAAAACUUACCUCCUGCGAGUCUUAAUCCCGGUCCUCCACUCGCCGCGAUGUCAAUGGACACCUCGGAGCAUCAACUCGUGCUAUCUACUGCCCCUCAUCAGAAGCAACUAAAUCUGGAUAUCCCAACCUUACGUCAGGUGGUAAUUGACUCGUAUUGGGACCAGCAAAACUUUAGCCUGGAGUUUCUCAAAAGCAUGUCCAUCGGCACCAUUGAGUACCUACAGGAUGGUGAUAUUCGUGUCCAAAUGAUCUCCUCGGAUGGAGCUAAAGUAAAGAAGCUCGAUUGUGCACCCAAUGGGCGCUCUUGCUGGAGCCGAAGUCUUUGCCAUCACAUAUCAUUGAAAGUCAAUACAUUCUUGAUAGUUGAGAUUGUCACGCUGGGACAAUCGGAAAGCCGCUGUGAAGACUGGCCUAUUCUCAGGCAAGAAUUAUUUGAUGCAAAUACUGGCCGAAUUGCCACACUCUGCCAACCGGAUGAUUUCGCCGGUUUUUAUUGGAAGACUGACGACACACCCUCGACAGAAUCUUCCCGAUUAGGAUUCGAACUCUCCACUUUUCGACUAGCAGCAGAAUUUCUGACCAAAGGUAUCAAAUGGAAUGGCCUGAUUAGGAGCUGCCAACAAGACCCACAAAGAUUAUUCAUGCCACAAUGCCGAGGUGAAGUUGAUGCCUUCGUCAACAGCGCACUCUCCAAAAAUCUGCAGUCUACCUGGCAAAUUUUCAGACACAGUGGUACAGACGGUGUGUAUUUUCGAGGCUCGGAGGAUCUUGAAGUAAACGUUGUAUGGUAUGAGGAAAAUGCGGAGCCUUUCUUCAGUCCUAAGCAGGAAUGUGGCUCUGCACUCGAGCAGAUACUAACACAAGAGCUGACACAAUAUAAGAUUUUGAUGAUCAAUGUUAGACUUGCAGACUGUAAUUUGUGGAAUGAUGCCCAAAGACGAGCUACAAUACAGGAGCUCGAGAAAGACAAUAUGUCACGCAGCGGUCUGGAUUGUGCGACGAUCCUUGACGCCAGAUACGGUAAGAAUGCAACUCGAGGGCAUGGAAGGACAAUGGCCUCACCAAUCCUAAGUCUCCUUAGCGUCGCGCAGGCAAACAAGGCUAUAAGACAAGGUCUUACAUACAGAGAUAAGAAAUACAAUUGCCGUCGCUAUGGGCUUGACUCUCGAUUCAAGGUUCCCCACGGGUGCACCGACACGGCUAAGAAGGAGGAACUACGCCGACUGAGGAAUCUUGAUGAAUACUUUCCGGAAGAACAACCGCAAUCAGCGGAUAGCAGUCGAGCUGAACUUCAUUUACCCGCAAACAAUCCUAGCGGCACACCGGCACAUCCAAGCGAUGAUAGCUGUGCGUCCGAAUCCGAAGAUAGUGACAGCGGCAGAUCGGCACGUUCAAGAGACGACAGCUUUGCCUCCAGGUCUGAAGAAAGAGACGACUUUGCCAGUAGCAUUUCUGACCCCAGCUGUCUCUCCACGGACUCUGAGAUAGAACCUUAUGCAAAGCCGCUGGAGCAUUCGAAACCACGCCCACUCCCUCGGGCCAUCGAUAGACCUGGUAUCGCCGCUAGUCCUGCACCAGUGACCAACCGGGCGGUAUCUCCCUCUACUCAAGGGCGAGAGAAUCCACCACCACGCCCACUACCUCGAGCAGUCGAGAGACCUGCUGAUAUCUUCUCCAUUCCUUCACCUGUGACCAAUCGGGCGGUAUCUGCCUCUUUCACUGGACGAGAGUACCCAAAAUCGCGCCCAGUACCUCGAGCAGUUGAGAGACCUGAUGUCAAUGCCGUCCCCGCGCCCGUCAACAAUCAAGAGGUAUUCUCUUCUGUCAAAUUCGAAGAAAAUGUUCAAAAUGGCCAUAGUCCAGAAGCUCCUGCUAAUAGUUUUGCUGGAGCGGCUCAUUCUGCUCCCGCUCAUCAAGGUAACCAGCAAGAUUGCUCCACGGUGAAAAUGGAGGAGGAACAAAAAUCUAGACUUGAAAUUCAGGAGGCGCGUUCGGUCAUUAUGCCCGUUCGCCGACAUCGCAGAGGAGAAUCUCCGUAUCGAUUCGUCACUCCCGUGGAAGAGGACAGAAGCAACCCUGCCGCAUAA